AUGGCCAGUCUUACAAAUAGUGUCUCCCUACCCAAGUUGACAAAGGCUGUCAAUUAUGACAAUUGGAGUCUCAAAAUGAAGGCCCUUAUUGGAUCCCAAGAAAAUUGGGAGGUGGUUGAAGAUGGUUUCGAUGAACCAGCCAACACUACAGGUUGGUCAAAUGCCCAGUUGAAAGUGCUGAAAGACGCACGUGUGAAGGACAAGGCAGCUUUGUACAUCCUGUACCAAGCUGUGGACGAGUCUGGCUUUGAGCAGAUUGCAAGUGCAAAAUCUUCAAAAGAAACGUGGGACAUAUUAGAGAAGGCGUAUAAGGGAGAUGACCGAGUGAAGCAGGUGCGACUUCAAACACUUAGAGGCGAAUUGGAGAGCAUGAAGAUGAAAGAGACAGAAGGAGUAGCCGAGUACAUUACUCGGGUUGAAACUGUGGCGAAUCAACUUAGUAGAAAUGGAGAGACGUUGCCUGCUAGUCGAGUUGUGGAGAAGAUCUUGAGGUCUCUAACGGAUGACUUUGAGAACGUGGUGUGCGUGAUUGAAGAGUCCAAGGACUUGUCAAUGCUCACGGUUGAAGAGCUUGCCGGGUCCCUUGAGGCGCAUGAGCAACGGAAGAAGAAGAAGAAGGUUGAGCCACUUAAUCAAUUACUCCAAACAAAGAUGUCAAUUAAAGAUGAGAAAGCUCAGAACACUCAAGGUAGAGGACGAUAUCGAGGAGGUAUAAGAAGCGGUCCUAGUGGUAGAAGCCGAGGACAAGAAGAGAAAGAACAAUCCGGCAAGUGUUUCAAUUGUGGUAAAUCUGGACAUUUUGCCAAAGAUUGUAGAUCUGAAAGUAGAAAGGAAGAGACGAUCAACCUCACAAAAGAUGUUGAAGAAGAAGCGACAUUGUUGAUGAUGGCGCGUAGCUCGGGAGCUGAGCAUAAGCAAGUGGUGAACUCGGCAAGAAGACCGAGUAGCAUGGAGAAUUCAGCAAGAAGGCUGAGUAUAGUUGAUAACUCGACAAGACAGUCGAGUAGUAUGGAUAGGUCAGCAAGACAACCGAGUAGGUUGCAUAGGCUGGUGAGACAUGUAGAUAGCCCGGACAGGGUGGUGGAGCGUGUAGAUACCCCAGACAACAUGGUGGAGCAUGAGGCCAACUCAGUUAACUUGGUGGAACGCCUACAUAGCUCGGAUAAGUUGGUGGAGCAAGUGGAUUACUCAGAUAGCUCGGUGGAACAUGUGAAAAGCUUGAAUAUCUCAGAAUUUGAAGAAGAAAAGCUUCUAAUCCAAAGGUUAGAGAUUGCAAAAGGAGACUUGCAACAGAGUAUUGAAAAGGAGGUUAGAGACAAUUUAAUUCUACAAGAAAGCGUAGAGAGAAGGAAACAGGCUUUGCAAAAGUGGCACUUGGAAUUUGAAGAAGAUGUUUCAAGUUUGCAAGAACAUUUACAAGUUGAGAAGGAUCUGAGAGCUGCACUCGAAGUGCAAGAUGAGAAGUGGCGACUUGAAAUGGAUGAGGAGAUUGAGCACAACCAUACGUGGGUGUGGUCUAACCUUUCAAAAGGAAGUCAACCUAUUGAUAAGAACUCAGUUAACGACAAAUCGGUCACAAAGACAAAGAACUCAAUGAGUAACAAGUCGGUCAAAGAGAAGAACAAGUUUGCCAGUAAGGAUGCAAAAACUAAGAGAGCAGAUAACAAGUUAGCCACAGGGAAAGUGAAGUACAAGUCGACCAUAGAUAAAGUGGAAGGGAAGUCAGUCAUGAAGAAAGCGAAGAACUUAACUAUUCAUGAAAGGGACAAGCACAAUGUGAGAAGAGUUAUUGCACGUUGGAAGCCGUGA